UAUAUAAUCACAGAAACAGUUAAAAUAAUUAAUUAUUUUGUUAAAAGUAAAAAUAUAACAAUUCGACAUAUUAUAAUCAAAUAUUUACUUAAGAAGAAAAACGAAACUUCAAUCAAACUCUUAUAACUAUAACACAACGAUUUAAAAUUAAAAAAUUGUGCUUCAAUAAUAAAUUUAUCUAGACUAACUUUGGCAAAAUACUUAUAUUAGAUAAUUUUUAAAGAUAAAUUAUUUAAUUUAAAUGCUAGUGAAGAUUUCAUCGUAACUAUUAAUCAACAAUGAAGAUUGAUUCAGAUUUUUCAACAGAAAAACAAUGUAUAGUUAUAGAUAUUGGAACAAAGUACACAAAAUUUGGAUUUGCUACUGAGCAUUCACCACGAUGUAUUAUUCAAACUCAAAGUGAAAUUGAUGGAAUGAUAGUAACUGAUUUUUACAAUUGCAUAGAUCAACAAAAACUCACUUUAGCAUUAACAAAAUUCAUUCAUAGAUUAUUUUAUAAACAUGCUCUUAUUGCGCCUAAAGAAAAAAAAGUUAUUAUAGUUGAAUCUUUAUUAUCUCCUACUAAAUUUAAAGAGACAUUGGCAAAAAUAUUAUUUAUUAAUUAUGAAAUAGCAUCACUUUGUUUUGUUCCAUCACACUGUGUUGCACUUUUUACUCUUGGUAUUUCUACAGCAUUAGUAUUAGACAUAGGUUAUAAAGAAACUAUACUUAUUCCUGUAUGUGAAGGAGUACCUGUAUUAAAACUAUGGCAGGCAAUGCCAUUAGCUGGGGAAUCAGUAGAAAAACAAAUUAAAAAUCAAAUAAAUGUUAACGAAUUAACAGCUGAAAAAUCUACAAAUGACAUUAUUGAAGAUAUAAAAGUCAGAAGUUGUUUUGUAACAAAAUUAAACCGAAGCAAAAAUUUAGUUGAAGGAAAAGAUGUUAAUCCCCUUACAACUGAUGCAAGUUAUCAUAUCAAUGGAGAGAUAUCUAUUACAAUUCCUGGUAGAGUAAGAGAAACUGCGUAUGACAUACUGUUUGAAGAAAAUAUAGAUGAAAUGUCUAUAACUACGAUGAUACUUGAAACUAUUAAAAAUAGUAAUGUUGACAUGCGACUUAAGCUUGCUGAAAAUAUUUUUCUUAUUGGUGGUACAACAAUUGCUAAAGGAUUUAAGGCAAGGCUUAAAGAAGAACUUCAAGAAAAAGUCAAUUCAUCUAAGUAUCAAAACUUAAAGAUUUCCAAGUUUAAAUUCCAUAUUGCUCCUGUUUAUGAAAAUUAUGUAGCUUGGCUUGGAGGGUCCAUAUUUGGUAGUACUAACAAUUUAAAUAUUCUUUCACAAACAAGAGAAAAUUUCUUAAAAGAAAAUUUUAUACCAGACUGGCCUACUACACAUACAAGACCAAAAGUUGAACAAUAAUGUCAUCCGGGCACCAUGAUUUUAUAUUUAUUACUUUAAAUAACAUGUGUUUAUCCAUAACCAUAAAUUAAAGUAAACAUUACAUUAACAGAAAUAUAACAAAAAAAUAAAAAUAAAUUAAAAAUUAAACAGUUAUAAGUUUAUGGAAAUAAUAAAUAAAAUGCAAUUUUUUGGAA